AUGUCUGAAAAUCCUACAGAAGAGUCAUAUCUUACACAAUCUUCCUACAGAGACUACCUAGAAUACAAGCAGCUUAAACUUGAGAGAGACGCCCUCCUCCGUAAAAACCACUUUUAUAUUGACAAAUUAAGCGAAAUGGAGGUAAAAAUCACUGAGCUUGAAAACGAUAAAGAACUUUUACAAGAGAAAUACAAAGAAAUGAAAAAAAUUUUAAUAAAAUACGAAUCCAAAGCACUUGACGAAAACGAAGAAAUAGAAGACCUCAAAGAAGAAUACAAAAUCCUCAAAAAAGAAAAUUUGCAUUUAAGAAGAGAAGUCAUCCCUAAGCUAGAAACCCAAUUAGAAGACGAGCAGCAUAUGAGGCUACAAAUUGAGCCUCAGAUUGAACAAGUUGUAGCAGAAAAUGAAGAAUUAAGCAAAAAAUUCAAUUAUUGUGAAAAUUUGAUUGAAAAUAUAUACAAGACUAAUAAUGUACAGAUAAUACAAAAAGUGAUUGCGAAUGCAGUUAAAGAGCUGAAUUUAAAUUUUGUGGUGGAAGACCAGUUCCUGAGCAGCUCGAGGCUUAAUUCGUCUAGAUCUAAUUCUGCUAUAGGCGGAAGAGCUUAUCAGAGGACACCUAUGUUUAAAUUAUUUGAUUAAUUAAUAAUAAAUUAUUGUAUAGAAUGAUAAAUGAAAAUCAAUAGUAAAAGGAAUAAAAAAAGAAAGUCGAGAUCGAAUACCCCCAGAUCUAGAUCUGGAGGGAGAUCAACAAGGCCAAAUACUCCUUCAAGCAAAAGCACUCACUCAUCAAGAUGUGUAGAAUAUAUCCCUAGCUUUAUGAGAGUAAGGAAAAAAUCAAAAAGAAGGGUUAGUGAAAAAUUGAAUAGAGACCAGGAAAUGGAGGGAUGGCCAGAUAAUAUGAUAUCACCAGAUAGCGAGCCAUAA